UAUUAACAAUAGUUAUUUCAGAGCUCAAAUUGCAAGAAGAGGAAAUAGCAUUAUUUCAGAAAGAACAACAGAGGAUACAGAAGAACAAACGUUUACUGGAGAGUCCAAAGCCAUAUACUGAUAUAGAUAUAUCUAACGUUCACAAUAUAAAUCAUAUUGGUUUUGUGUCAAAUGAAAAGAUCUGGCUAAGUGAUCGGAAACGUGUCAUGAAUAUUGAUCGUCAAGGCAGGAUUGUAAAAUGUUUUGCAAUUGAUGACAUAUGGGGCAGUUCUUCACAUGCUUUAGAGAAAAAUGGGAACCUACUAUUGAUAAAUGACGAAAGAGUAGAAAGAAUAUCUCCAGAUGGAUUUAAAAGCACCAUCAUUGCUCCAGAAUGGAGUAUUCUUAGUAUUUGCACCUCAGGAUUCAAUGGACACAUAAUUCUUGGACUUUAUAUUUUGAUUGACAAGGGGUCUAAAACAAAACUUGCAAGAUAUAACAAUAAAGGAACUCUUCUAUCUGAAAUCGAAUAUUAUCAAAAUAAGCGAUUGUAUGUAUCGCCACUUUAUCUGUCAGAAAACAUAAAUAUGAGUAUUUGCACUGCAGAUAUUGAUACAUGUUUGGUAAGAGCAGUAGAUAAAUCUGGGGAAUUACUUUUUACCUAUGAUGGUCAACCGAAACAAGUUGAUUUUUUUCCAACUGGGAUAUGCAACGACAUCUUCGGUCAUAUACUUGUGUGCAAUCGGCAUAAAUCAAAUCCAAGUGUCCAUUUACUUGAUAUUAAUGGAAAAUUGAAAUCUAUAAUUUUGAAUCAAAGUGACGGAAUCACAGACCCAUGGGGUAUAUGCGUUGAUACCGAAGGAAGAAUUUAUCUUGGGCAGCAUGAUUGCAGUUUCAUAAAGGUUUACGAAUAUUUAGAGGAUAUUGUGGACAGUAAUGUCUUAGUGUAACAGGUACUGUAAC